AUGCUUCUGGUUUCUACUACCAUUGCUGUGCUGUCUGCUGCCAAGUAUGCACCUAUAGCCUCAUGGAGGAUUCUCUAUGAUUUAUUGACUGAGGAGAAGAAGACUAGAGCCUGGUUUGCUGAUGUUUCUAUAUACUACACAGAGCUGUGGCUGGGUGUGGAUGCCCUGGGACUCAACAUCUAUGAGCAGAAUGAUAGACUGACUCCUAAGAUUGGCUUUCCUUGGAGUGAAAUCAGGAAUAUCUCCUUCAAUGAUAAGAAGUUUGUCAUCAAGCCUAUUGACAAAAAAGCCCCGGACUUUGUGUUCUAUGCUCCCCGGCUUCGGAUUAACAAGAGGAUCUUGGCCCUGUGCAUGGGGAAUCAUGAGCUGUACAUGCGUCGGCGUAAGCCUGACACCAUUGAGGUUCAGCAGAUGAAGGCACAGGCCCGGGAGGAGAAGCACCAGAAGCAGAUGGAGCGGGCCCUGCUGGAAAACGAGAAGAAGAAGCGUGAGCUUGCAGAGAAAGAGAAGGAGAAGAUUGAACGGGAGAAGGAAGAGCUGAUGGAGAAGCUGAAGCAGAUCGAGGAGCAGACUAAGAAGGCUCAGCAAAAACUGGAAGAACAGACCCGCAGGGCCCUAGAACUUGAGCAGGAACGGAAACGGGCCCAGAGUGAGGCUGAGAAACUGGCCAAGGAGCGCCAAGAAGCUGAAGAAGCCAAGGAGGCCCUGCUGCAGGCUUCUCGGGACCAGAAGAAGACCCAGGAACAGCUGGCUUCAGAAAUGGCAGAGCUGACAUCACGGAUCUCUCAGUUGGAGAUGGCCCGGAAGAAGAAGGAGAGUGAAGCUGUGGUGGGGAUUUAUUUAUCUCCUAGCAUUAUGGUGUAG